AUGACAAAAUAUAAUUUAAUUUUUAAAAAAAAUUGGUUUGCAAAAAGUAUUUUUGGAACUGUUGGAUUUUUCGUUCUUUUAGACCAGCUAGCCAGAUAUCAAUAUAACAUACCAGAAUAUAGGAAUCCAAAUUUAACCAUGUGGUCUUGGUGGUUAGAAAAAGUUAACUUAAAAAGGCUAGGUGUUGAUAAAGAGGAUAAUUAA